UCACACCGCGACACUAAGCUCGAGUCCAGUAUCUUUAAACCUUGUCUUAUUUUUGCUGUUACCAUAGCGGUAUCCUCAAUCCGCCUCAGUCGAGCCGUUGGCUUUUGAUCCCAAUCUAUCUGGUCUUAAAGACCACCCUGCAAGAAAGACACCCGAGAAGAUGGCUGACGACGAAGAUGACGAUGUCAAGGACAAGGAUGUGAAGAUGGACGCGGCUAGCAUCCAAUUUCGGACGAUUCGAGAUGGAUUUGCCGAGUUGCGCAAGGCCAUGGAUGGUGAAGAGGACGACAACGACGACAUUGUGGGCAAAUUAAUCGCUGAGAGCGAAGCGGAAAAGGAUGGGGAGACUGAGGAAGGAAAGGCCGAUCCAAAGACGAUGAAUAACUAUGUGACUGUCAAUUUCAUCGAUCCAACCUCAGUAGGAGACGCCAAAGGCAAAACCCCUCCAGCCAAGGCACCGCUGGAACUCUACGAAAAAUUGACCACCGCUUUCGAGGAGGAGUACCGUUCCUCCCUACGCCAGGUGCCCUAUAAGCAUAUUCGCAGUGGAAGAAAUGAAGUGAUUGAAGAAUUGUCGGUCAAGCCAGUCCUCACUAAAAGCCAUGCCACAGCAGGCGCCAAUGGAGAAGCAUUGACGCCAUGGGGUGGCACCGCGGCCGCAGCCGUCAGUGACCCCGCGGAAUGGCACAAUGGUCCUUUCUGUCACGUCUACAUUGCGGCCUGUGAAAAUAUGCACUCCUAUCGAAACAAAGUCCGACCUGCCGUUCAGGCGUUUGUCAGUCAGAUCGAGAGUGCGGCCAACAAUUACAAUUCUUCCUCUGGAGAUGGAUCGGGUCCUCCUUCGGGUGGAAAUUACAGCUCCCAUUACAUUAUUGUGUUUGUCCCAGUUGGACCUAGAACGAGGUCGGAAUCUGGUGAACAGAGUGGAGGAGGUCGAAUGGGCGCCGCCUUGUCCAGAUUGGCGACUGCCAGACAAAGAAUGACAGGUCCUGGGAGAGAUGUGCCCGACAAUUCGGUCCAUAGCGUGGCGACCUCAGUGACCGAUUCCAGCGACAUGGAUACCACUGAUCCUUUGGAUGUCAGUAUGAAUUCAUCCACUUCGGCAUCUACCAGUGGCAUGCUCUUCUCAAAGCAGGACAAAGAAUUGUUCAGAAAAUUCAAUUCUGAUUUCCCCAAUGGAACAACUUGCAUCCUGUCCACUCUACUGGAUGGCCCCACGCCAGAAGAUCCGAAAGUGGCGACUUUAAAACAGCAAGAAUGGAAUUCUUUUAUGCGUGCCUUGGGUAAUGCCAUUGUCGACGGGUUCAAGGAUCGAUGCCGUCGCUAUGACGAAGAACUCAGACGACUCCAGAUGCUUCCGGGAACGGCCGGGGCAAACAGGUCGCCCAUGGCGUCCAGAGGACGGAAAGGGUCAGACGAACAAGGGUCCAAGAGGGGUGGAGGGAUGGAUCUCAGCUAUUUCUUUCUCGUCAAGGAAAGUCUGGCAUUUACCUACGAACAGAUGCAUCUCCCGACAGAGGCCUUGCUGCAAUACUCCGAAUUGAGAGCAUUCCUUCCUGACAUCGGGGAGGCCACCAUCGAAGAACGAAAAAAGUCCAGAAAGCGUCGAUCCAGUUUGGCUGGUAAUUCCGCAUUGGAAGUCGCCGUGGCAGGAGAUAUUCAGAGUUUUCGAAAGCGGAUGCGCACCAUCGAAAAAACUGAGAACUUGAAGCCCAUUGCCCAUGUCGUGGAGCAAUACAUAUUUGCGCGAGAGAUUAGUCUCCUCUUCAAGAUGAAGCAACCUGUCGAACUCGUCAAAAGAUGCCACGCGUUUGCAGAUACCAUGUACAACUUUCAUUUGAGAGCCGCCUCGCAUGCCAAAGAAGACGACGAGAAACAGGAACAACGCAACCACGCAGAGGAAUGGGCCUUGACGUUUUGCUGGGAUGUCAAAUGCGCUAGUGAACCCUACUUUACUUUGAUGAAUCCUUCCUCAAAGGCGUCGCUUUACGGAGAAUACGCGCCCGUGAGAAAUCCCGAUGUACACACGAUUUUGACCGAACGGUCCUUGGCUCGUGAGAUAUCGUCGCUCCUGGAAUUUGGCCGACUCCGAUUGCUGCAGCUUGGUGAUGCCAAAAUCGAAGGGUCUAAUCCUGUACGAAACCACUUCGGUGGCACGCCGGUGGAUAUGCGGAAACCUUGGGAACCAUGGGACCCUUCAUGGCACAAGGAUUACGCUGGAAAGUCUAGCACCGACGACGAGAACUUUUAUUCCUCCAGAGAUGAAUUCUUAGAUGGUGUGUUCUCGUCACCUGAUUCCUAUGUUUCCAAGUACGUGGAAAUGGCAUCAGCAAUUGCCACCUUUGGCCUGUUCGCUGGGCGUCAGAGAAUUGCAGCAAGGCUGCAGGGCGAACUGGCUGAAAUUCUCAUUUGCCGAGGAGAGUACAAAGAUGCAAUCAACACGCUGAUUUCUACGGUGAACAUCCUUGGGAAAGAUCAGUGGGACAAAUGUCAUUUUUGGCGGUUGCUUCGUCUUGCGAGUUGCCAAAGACGGGUUGGACCACCCGCAGAUUACUUGAAAACGCUCGUGAAUUGCUUUGGCCCAAACAUUUCCAAUGUGGCGCCGUCAAAGGCACUAGGAAUUCUUCUGGGAGACCUGGAAGCAGUUGUUGGAGACGAAUCAAUCACCGGGUCCUUGUUCAGGUCGGUGCCGUUUCUGGCAGCGAGGCUUGAGGUACAGAAAACGUCGUGCGAUGAUGAGGCGUCAAUGGCAUUUGGACCGGAAAGAAAGCAGCUGAACAAGAAAUUCUGUACCGUCGGUGAAACCGUACGAAUCACACUGACUACUUCAAGUUUCUUACCAAAAGCCAUCAAUGUUGAUGUCGUCAACCUUUCGUUGGUGGCAUUCGGCGCAUACGCCGCCAAGGUUGAAUCGAAGACUCCCAUUGAGAAGGAAGACGCAUUCAAGGUCUUAUCACUAGAAUCCCCCACCGUAAUCGAAUCGGGUGUCAACACUUUUACCUUUGAAUGGGUGCCAAUCAACACCGGACAGUACAUUCUCGCGUCAAUUGAGCUGAAGUGGAAGGAGGCAUCGUUUUUUUACGAUAGCAUUGAAAUGCGGAGGUCUCUCGUGGGAGUGGAUGUUUUGCCCAGUGACCCGUCUCAGUCCAUCACUUUGGAACCGUACUUCCUUGUGCCAGGCAACAUCCAACCCGUGCGAAUAAUAUUUUACUCAGGCUCCGAUGUCAUCACAAAAGGCACGGUCAACCUUACAUGUACACCCGGAGUCAUGUUGAUUCCCCCAAACGAAGAAGAAACCGACGACAAUUGGACUGAGUCAUGCACCGUGAAACUACCACCAUGCGGCACAGGAGAAACGAUUGUACUGACGACGAGCGUGAGGACACCUGAUCCUUAUCUCAUGCCACCAACGGAAGAGGUCCAAGCUCUGAGUGCAAAGGUGGCAACACUAUAUCGUCACGCGGACUACGUACCUGACAGCAACGAGGACGAGUCGAACAUGCCAUGCAUGAAGACGGUUCUCGAGGCGAUGGUGCCCACUCUGGAGAAGCCAGUCCUGACAGUAGAGGGAGCUGAUGUUUUCCCCACCGCCGUUGACGGAUUCUUGAUUUGCGUGUCUCUGAAUUGCAACUCCCCCGUACCGUAUCAUGUCAAAUCAUGGCUUCUCGAACUGCCCCAACCAAUCGUUAUCGUGGAUGGCGGUGAUCUCAACCAAGACUUGUUUGAUGUUCCAGUUGUUGAAGGUGAGGUACUGUCUUUUGGAUUCACUUGUAGGAGAGAGCAAAUUGUGGAGAACAAGGAAGGAAAGAUGAAUGAGAUCCUUGAACCAGCUCUGCACGUCGAACUUGAGGACGAAUUUGGGACCGUUUUUAAUGAAGUCCUUGCAGUUGAUCUUUCAGCGUUUUACGCCGACGUGAAGCGAGAUUCAAAGCUCUCGGGCUUUGGCAGUGUCGCAAUCGAACUGCAAGAUUGUGCCGUGGAAGGCGUCGUUGGGGAACCAGUCAAUUUCAAAUACUCAAUAGAUACCAGUGGACUGAAGAGUCUGCAGAAAGAGAUCGUCCCAGAGGACGGAGAAGGCAGCCCCAGGUUCCUGUAUGCGAUCAAGUAUGACGAAGCUGAUUGGUUGGUCAGCGGCGAUCUGAAGGGUCAAGUUGUCCUUUCAGAUAGCGGUUCUUUCGCCCUCACUCUUGUCGGAAUACCCACACGCCCUGGUUCUAUCAAACGCUUCCCGAAGAUAUCUCUCAAAUGCGAAGUAUCAAAGGGAGAUCUUCUCCCGCUGCUUGUGGACAUGAGAGAACCCGACAAGUUCAGUUCGAGGCCCUUCGGUGGUCAAAUGGCGGUGGCUUGUCCUCAGCGAAAAUAGAAGCUGUAGUAGUUUGUUAAGUAGCUGUCUCGCAUCGUACUAUUAAUAGACGUAGCUGCUUCAUUCUCAAGCUACCAGUACUGGUAGUUCUCGAACCCUGGUCGGCUAGCUAGCUACCGUACCGGUACAAAAACGUUUCGGUUGUCUUCAAUUCGAAAGCUACAGCGUCCCGGUAGUCCGUCCGCACAGGCAGCAAUCUCAGUUCUCUCUUGCAACUACCCAAAAACUGCUUGGAAAUCAUGAUGUAAGGAUGAGAAUCUCAACAAUCCUAAAAGCAAGCUUGUGUACAGGGG